GGCCGGACCAGCAGAUAAACCGAGACACAGGUCCCUGGUAGGCCCAAAGUUCAAGGAAGGGGACCUGCAUUUAUUGUAUGCAGUGUCCUGGAGGUUCAGGUGACUGAAGGUCUGUCCGCAGUGGACCUAAUGUUUGUACAUCUGUGGAGGAAAGAGUCUAACAGAUCGCUGUGGUGUAGUGGCCAAGGUCUAGUGCAGCGGUUGGUUCACUUGGUCCGCAAACAUGGACUGAGCACCGAGGAGGUUCCUGACGUCGACAGAACGAGGUUGGCCGCUCUUGCCCUGAAGGAUGUCACAGUCUAGUUUCGAGUGUGCACCGGCUGCUCCGGAAGCCACGAGGAGGGGGCAUCUCGCUUCACGUAGAGGAAGCGUGUGGCGUCACAUACUAAGCUUCUCAGGGGAACGACACUUGAGUUGAGUUUGGAAGUGGUUUUACCCAGGAGGGCCGGGCCCAGGGAACAGCACAUGUGGAGCUGUGGGGCGCCAGCGCGGUCUCCUCUGCGAACGCCCAGCACGCUUGCUCCUCGAAACUGGACCCUCCAGGACGGCCCCUGCUGCCUGGUCCCUGCUGAUCAUGAAUAAGAUGAAGAACUUUAAGCGCCGCUUCUCCCUGUCUGUGCCCCGCACUGAGACCAUCGAGGAGUCCUUGACUGAGUUCACAGAGCAGUUCACCCAGCUGCACAACCAGCGCAAUGAGGACCUGCAGCUCGGUCCUCUUGGCAGAGACCCACCGCCAGACUCCAGCACCUUCUCCCCGGCAGACAGUGGGGAGGAGCCCGGGCAGCCGUCCCCCAGCAUGCAGUGCCGGCGGCAGAACCAGCGCCGCUUCUCCAUGGAGGACAUCAGUAAGAGGCUCUCUUUGCCCAUGGAUAUCCGCUUGCCCCAGGAAUUCCUGCAGAAGCUACAGCUGGAGAGCCCAGACCUGCCCAAACCGCUCAGCCGCAGAUCCCGCCGAGCAUCCCUGUCAGAUAUCGGCUUUGGGAAACUGGAAACAUAUGUGAAACUGGACAAACUGGGGGAGGGCACCUACGCCACCGUCUUCAAAGGGCGCAGCAAGCUGACGGAGAACCUCGUGGCCCUAAAGGAGAUCCGGCUGGAGCACGAGGAGGGGGCGCCCUGCACAGCCAUCCGCGAGGUGUCUCUACUGAAGAACCUGAAGCAUGCCAAUAUUGUCACCCUGCAUGACCUCAUCCACACGGAGCGGUCCCUCACCCUGGUGUUUGAGUACCUGGACAGUGACCUGAAGCAGUAUCUGGACCACUGCGGAAACCUCAUGAGCAUGCACAAUGUCAAGAUUUUCAUGUUCCAGCUGCUCCGGGGCCUUGCCUACUGCCACCGCCGCAAAAUCCUGCACCGGGACCUGAAGCCCCAGAACCUGCUCAUCAACGAGAGGGGCGAGCUGAAGCUGGCUGACUUCGGGCUGGCCAGGGCCAAGUCAGUGCCCACGAAGACCUACUCCAAUGAGGUGGUGACCCUGUGGUACAGGCCCCCCGACGUGCUGCUGGGGUCCACAGAGUACUCCACCCCCAUUGACAUGUGGGGCGUGGGCUGCAUUCACUACGAGAUGGCCACAGGGAGGCCCCUCUUCCCCGGCUCCACAGUCAAGGAGGAGCUGCACCUCAUCUUUCGACUCCUCGGGACCCCUGUAGAAGAGACAUGGCCUGGCGUGAUGGCCCUGUCUGAGUUCCGUGCCUAUAACUUCCCCCGGUACCUCCCCCAGCCGCUCAUCAGCCACGCUCCCAGGUUGGACUCUGAUGGCAUCAACCUCCUGACCAGCCUUCUCCUGUAUGAAUCGAAGAGUCGCAUAUCAGCAGAGGCAGCGCUGAACCACCCCUACUUCUGGUCUCUGGGAGAGCGGGUGCACCAGCUCGAAGACACUGCCUCCAUCUUCUCCCUGAAGGAGAUCCAGCUCCAGAAGGACCCGGGCUGCCGGGGCCUGGCCUUUCAGCAGCCAGGUCGAGGGAAGAACCGGCGACAGAGCAUCUUCUGAGCUGUGCCCACCCGACUGUGGCUCUUGGGAUGAGAAGUUGCACUGACCACAACUGCAGGCAGGAGGGGGCUUCUGCGGCCCUUGGAGGACUGAGAAACGAGGGCUAAGGCUGGCCCAGAAGACGUCUUGCAGCUCUGCUGGCCACAGCUGGGUCCUGACCCUGCUUCCCACAUGUCUCCCCAGUGGCCUUUGCUUGGACACCAAACCCUCUACCACCUGCCCUGAGAGGAGGUGAGAUGGAAGGGAGGGACCUUGGACUCUUUCCCACCCCGAAGUCCUCGGGCAUCCACAUGGGACCCACAGGGACAGGAGAAUCCAGCUGCGGGCCAAGCAAUGUGCCCUGGACAUGGGCACCACCGCGCAUCCCCCAGAGGCCCGCCUGUGUCACCAGUUUGGUGGAGCCCCUUACGGGAACCUUGGAGCCCACACACCUUUCACCUUCUUCCCCUCUGAGAGCAGGAAGCAGUGUGGCACCUUUUCCAGGACCCUGGAAUCCUUGGUACCAGUGUGUGUGCCAAAGCCCACCCCCCACCUGAGGAGCGGGUGUCCCUGUAGCAGCAGGGCAACAGCAGCCCAUCCCCACUCCCAGUCAUAACCCCACCCUGUUCACGUUCCCCCUCCUUGCCAGAGUCCCCCUAUGCUGCUGGACGCCCAGCUGAGUCCGGAGGCAGCCAGCUGCACUCCUGCGCCUCCGCCGCCCCGCCCGUCUCCUUAGCCUGAAUGGGACUGCCUGAAGGUGGUGGGUGGUGCAGCACUCACUGCCCUUGGAGCGCUGGCCCAGGCUCCUACCUGUCCACCCCUUCCAGAGAGCGGCUGCUGCUUAUCACGUCUGAGUGCUGAUAAGCCAGCCCUGGGCUAGGGUCCUGAGCACAGCACCCAGAUAUGCAGGGUCACUCUGACAUUGGUGCCAGCCUGGCCUCAGUUCUUUAGGGCUGGUGCAGCCUCCCCUGUCCCCUCCUUCCCAGCCCGUGUGGCCCUGUCCUUGUCACACCCAGUCCUGGCGUCACCAAAGGGUGGUCACGAGAAGGCAGGUGUAAAUGCCACGGUGACGUAGAGGACAGUGGGAUGGGACAGGACAGGCUCGGAUCCCGAGAGCCCCACCCCAGGGGGCUGGGAGUGUGAGGGGCCGGGGCUCCUGAAGGAGGCACUCCUUGCCACCCCUUCGGAGCGUGCCUGUUGUGUCCCCAAGGGCGCCUCCACACUCGGCCGGCCGCGUCUUGAAUAGCCAGGCCAGGCGGGGGCCCAGGUCCGACCUGUCUGUACCGACCCGGCCCAGCCGCACCCCUCAGCCUGAGGCGUGGCCCUGGAGGGCCUUUGCCUCCCUGUGAGCCCCUCCACUUCUCAUCCAGGGUACUGUGAAGGUCCUGUGACUCAGCCAAAGACAGGUGACAUAUUUAAUUCAUGUACUGAAAGGAGCAGGCAUUCACAUGCAGAAAAGCUGAAUUUGACAGACUGAUGCCAAAGAUGGAGGCCUUCUCUGGGUCUCAGGAUGCGGGUAGGCUUGUGUGUGUGUGUGGGUGUAUGUGUGUGUAUAAAGUGCAGAGAGAGUUA